UCCAACCAGAGCCCCCCAAACAUCCCGGAUGAAAUGUCCAAGACGCAAGCGGGAUCUGCGCUAACAUACGAUUCUGCGUUGUUUGAAUGCUAUGGGUUUCGAUGGUAUCAACCCUGUCCCAAACUGCGCUGCCGUCUGGCUCAUUUCCCUUCGUAAUGUGCCCAAGUGAAUCGGAAGGGUGAGGCAGAGAGUCACUGCCAAUGACCUUGGAUAGGAAGUGAUAGGGAUUUGUUGGUCGCCAACGGAGUACUGCAGUCAGAUAGGUAUAAGGACCCCAAUUCCCGCAUUAGACUUCUCAUCUAUCAUCCUCAUCCACUAUCUUUCUCUUCCCUAACUUCUACUUCGAUCGAGGAUUGGAGGGCUAGGUUGGCUUCUACUUGCACCAGCACGACAGUCUCACAGAGUCCGCCCCUCUCAAUCAAUCCUACAUACCUUCUACCAAGAUGUCCUCGAAAAAUAGAGCAUCUAAAACCAAUCAUCAGAAUUCCAAAAAGCACGCCGAACGUAACGCCUCACUCUCAUCCAAACAACAAAUAUCCGUUUCGGGCCCUCGAUCCUCUCAUUCACACAAGCAACAAGCAGAAUCUUCCUCCUUGAGGCGCCCUACAGACUCCACGGCUGCACAAACUUCAUCAUCCAGGAUGUCAUACCCCAGCAACGCAACGUCUACUUCCGGCUUCACCACGGACGUGCCCGGCCAGUUCACACAUACGGAAACCGAUCUCCUAGAGGUUUCCGCUUGGACUCAUCCUUAUCCUCGUCAAAGUUCACCCCACUAUCAGACUUCUGACACCUCAUACCCGUCUUACGACAGCACCCAAACUUCAGCCACCUGCCAGUCCCAUGCAUCUAUGAUGGGCUCGGGUUGUGAAGCUGCCUGGUCCGGAUCUGGACACGGCUUCGCACCACUUGAGCGCUGGCUUGGCGAACAUGCGAGGGAAGGAGGCGCGUUGGCGCUCCAGUUGGGGCUUCAGCUGCAUGCGGAUUGUACUUGCACUGGCAUGCAGGACAGAGCCAUUACCGAUGAGUUGAGUGAUAUAUAAUGUAGCUUCACUUCGGGGAAGGAAGGGUAAGAAUUAGAGUCAUGUGGCUCUAGGUUG